AGCUUUGGGUUAUUAUCAUUUUGUAUGUAUUGCCAUUUGAUAUGGUGCUUUAGCUUAUUUGCUAUUUGUUAUUUCAUGACAGAUUGGAGACUUUGAGAUGCAUCUGAAUUCUGAAACGGAAUAUUGGGGCAACAAAAGCACCUUCGUCCAAUAUUCCCCCACAACAGCACCACCUAUUCCAACUAAACCUAUGAAUGAGUCAGCUCCUGUAACAGCUACUGUUGCCCCAUCACCUCCCCCACCACCAAAAUCCUCUCCAGAAAAAACCACUCCAUUUACAAAUGUCUCCUUUGGGAAGUCAUCAAAGUUAGUAAUUACGUCCUAGUAUCUUCUCCAGUGUCAACUACAGGAUUAGUUAAUAGGUGAUUGAUCCAAGAUUUCAAGUUCAAGCCUCUCUUUUUCAGCAAGUUCUUUUUUCAACAAGUAGGAGCUGGAUGCUUUGAUAUUAACGCUACCUUUCAUGCAAGUGGUGAAGCUUCUAGAAUGUUCAAGAGCAAAAAGGAAAUUUUCCGAAGAAGAUUGGGAAGGAAGAUGAGAGAAAGGACUCAAUUGAAGAAAUGAAAAGUUGGAGGGGUGAAAUGCAAAAUCCAGCCCAAAACCCAUCAAACCCCAAACCAAAACCCAAACUCAAACCCAAUUGCCCAAAACCCACCAAAAUCCAAAGCCUACCAACUACCUAAGCCCAAAAUCCCAAAACCCACAAUUACUCAAACCCAAACCUAUUUAACCUAAACAAAAAAAAAAAGGAAGAUCUGGAACCUUCUCCCUCCCCCAUCAAUCUUUCCUCUCCUCUGCACGAACCAACGCCCCCUGCUCAGCACCCCUAGCUCCUACGCCCCUAGCUCAUGCGCCCAGCCUUGCUCUGCACCGGCCCUGCAUCCCUGGCCUCUGCGCGCCUGCACUCUGCGCCCAAUCCCUGCCCUGCACCAGCCCUGCACCUACGCCCCUGCUCCCUGCUCUGCGCCCAGAUCGUUCGCACUCUGCCCCAGCCUGCACUCUGCUGCGCUCGGCCUUGCUUCCUGCACCAGCUUUGCUCUGCACCAGCUCCUGCGCUCUGCACCAGAUCGCCCGCACUCUGCUUGCCCUGCUGCGCCCCACUGCUGGCAAUGAUGCCCCUGCACGCCCGAGCCAUCAUCAGCACUCCACGCCCCUGCCUCCCUGCACACCGCGCCUCACCCCCAAUCCCGCGCCUCUGCACCGCUGAUUACUGCAGCCCCCAUCCUUGCCUCACAUGCAGAAAAGACAAGGAGUACCGGACAAAUUGGCAUCAUUGAUUGACAGAGCAAGGCCCUUGUCUUUGGUUGCAUUUUAUUUUUAUUUUUAUCAUUUGGGGUAUAUAUAUAGGGCAAAAGCAGAGUAAUAGGGGGUGGGUUUUGUUGGUUUUGUUGGUUGAUUUUGGGUCUCUUUGUUGGGGAGUUUCGUCUGAGUUUUUGAGAGCAAUAGAAGGGGAUUUACUGGAGAAGAAAGGGGGCAACAACUGUGGUUGAGAGGAAGGAUCACUGAGCUUCCAGAGGAGCUUCAUUUUCUGGUUUCAUUUUCUGGGUUUCAUUGGCUUAGGUAAUUUCUGAACAGAGGAAUUUUUGGGAGAGCCGUGAGGGAGAAGAAGGGAGCUUGAUCCCGUGGGUGGGAUCCCUCCCUUCGGAUCUCAAUCUGCUUUUUUCCAGAAAUUUCGCCUUGUUUGAUUCUGAUUGUCAUAGAGUUUUGCUUUAUUAAAACUGUACUAGAUGAUGAUACUGCAAAUGAAAUCAAGCAUGUUUGUUGAA